AUGACGUUGGAGGCGAUGCGCAAGCAAGGAGGGGGGCAUUCGCCCCCUGCGCCUCACCCACCACCAUCAUCAUCCUCCUCCGCAAGGGCGUUUGGGGCGUUCAGUUGUGGCUCACUGGGUCACCGGUUUUGGCGCGCUCGCAGAGGCGUACGCCGUUUCCGCACUCUUUCCUGCGUGCUCGGCGUCGCCACGAUUUGUUUCUUCUUCUGCUGUGUAGUCUUGACACAGACACAAGGGUGGGGAUGGGACUGGUACGGCGAUGACGUGGCGGUCUUUCGGCAGCAGCAAGGACUCUACGAAGCUCAUCAUCGCUUCCGCUGUCUACGGACAGAGGAGCUUGUCUUCUCGGCGAAGCGCUUCGCUGAAGACCCCCUCGAGGCCAUCUACGCGCUGAUGUUCCAGACGUCUUCAGCGACUACACCUUCACAGCCAUACGCGUUCAGGCCAGAAUGGGUUAUGCUCAACGGUGGCGCGUCUGAGGGGAGGAUGAACAGUGUAGAAAGACUCUCGGCCUACUGUGCGGCGCGCGUGGCAGAGAGGCCUUCAUGGAGGACCGCUAGCUGGCAACAGGCAAGCGCGUCAAACACAUCCGCGUUCAGCGUUUCAGUUUCGCCGCGCUACUUGGCAAACGCCAGCUACACUGCCACUGGAAGCCCGGUGUGCCUCCGUUCUGGGCGGAUCUACCUGACAGAUGCGCGCAUCCGUGCAGGGAUUGCCGAGUUUCAGGCAGCUGAGUUGGAAGUUCUUCCUUUAACGGAUGACCUGCUCUCCCCACCGUCCUCUCACGCAUCUGACGCUGUAGUGAGGGUUGUGCCAGCGAUGGCGGUGCUUCUUCGUGGAGCGUGGAUUGCCACUCACUUCUUCCACCUCGUCACUGAUGCCCUUGAGGCGCUCCACAGCACCUACCAAACCUGGCAGGAUGGCGUUCUGCUGCGCAUCCCUACCCAAACGGUACUGCUACAUCAGCCAGAGUCGAACUGGGCGGACCGCCACGGGGACACACGUGGGAAGAUGGAGCUAAGCGCGGCGUUAGCGAACGCAUUCUCGUCGCCGGAGCUUGCCCACGGGUCUCCGUACAACAGCUCGUUUCUUUUGCGUACGAAGUCCCGCCAUUGUGCAGAGCUCGAGGUCAACGCAACGGCUGCGGUGGCGCCCGCACCGGCAUCGCGGGAGACACCGCCGCGAGAGUCUCUGGCCACUGCGCCCACUGUGUGUUUUUGCGACGCCCUCCUCGUGACUACACACCGUCUUCCUGUGCUGAAGCGUGACAUGCUUUACGGCAUUCAGGAUUGGGCUGCCCGGCAGUUCCGGGCCUCACCGUACGGUGUAAAUCGAUCUGUGCAGGAGAUGGAGCGGCUGCGACUGCAGCACGCGUCGCUUUCGUGGACCUCGACGUUGUGGGGAUUCGGCGCCUACGCGGCUUCUCCACUGUCGCCGUCGUAUCGACCGCGAGCUCUAUUUGUACACCGCACAACCCGACUGAUCGCCAAUGCGUCCCGCUACGCAGAGUGGAUGCGGGAGGCGGGGUUUCGGGUAGAGGAGGUAUACCUGGAAAACCACACGGCUGCACAGCAGUAUCACCUAGGCCGCUACGCGGACAUUGUGGUGGGCAUGCAUGGGCUCGGGGUCGGCCAUGCAAUGUGGAUGGAACGCUCCCCGCCUCGCUGCCGCACCGUCAUCGAGUUCCGCCCGUGGGUGAUUGCUUCUAUGCCAACGCAGCCAGUCCUCAUCCUUGAGCGGGCUAUGCAAUAUCACUUCGUCAUUAUUCCACCGAUCGACGUGCGCUUUGGACCAUCGGUUGCGAAUCCGGCGGAGGAACGAGAGCUCUUGCUGUCAGCAGCGCGGAUGGUAAACGCCUUUCGCUAUCCAAGCUUCACUGACCAAAUUGCCAUCUACGAUGAUGAAAGGGUGAAGCGUGUUAUUGCGGAUGUCCGCCAGCAUCUUGAGCGCUGCUUGCCGCCAUAG